AUGCUUGUAUCGUUAAUGGAUGUUGAAUUUUGGUUUAGAUGUUUGACGACAUAUGUGGAAAAAAAACAUCUUUUAAUGACACCUUCAAAGUACAGUAUAUGUUGGAAGUUGGAUUUAGAUGAGUAUUGUGGUGUUAUGUUUCUCGCCUUUUCUUCACUUCGGUCUUCCGCUGCCGUUAAUCCAGUGCACCUAACGGUUGGUCUACGGCUGCAAUGCGUCAUGUUUUGUUGUAAUUUCAACCCCUGGUCUUUGUAUGGAGUUUUGAAUAGGCUAGAGAAGUGCUUAGUUCCUGCUGCCCCGGGCUCUUUACUUUUUAUGCAUUGUGGAACCACGCUAUUCUUAUACGGGUUUGUUUUGAUGACAUCUGAAUUAACCGAUCGGCCACUGUACGACGUGAAUGAAAAAGUUUUGUGUAGUUGCGAGGAUGGGUUGUACUAUGAAGCAAAAAUCGUGAGAGUUGGUCGUGCUGAAGAUGGCGGCCUCCAUUACAAGGUCCACUAUCAGGGUUGGAGUAAAACCUACGAUGAAAUUAUUCAUCAAAAUAUGGUUACCAGUAGGUUUAUAAGGUUGACUCCUCAAACUCUAAAAGAAGCUUUAAAUGCCCAGAACGUACGGCGUGAAAUGGACAGAGUGGACAAGGAGAGGAAAGGGAGAAGGAGAAGUAAAAAAUCAUUACCUACUGUUAUUCGUAAGGACUUUGAUGACGGAAAAUCCAAUGAAGGAAGUAGCGGAUUGACGAGAAAAAGGAGCAUUACUAGCAGUUCUUGUAGUGAAGAAUUAAAUGUUUCUUCUGCUCCUUCAAAACCCAAAGCAUUUAAAUUUGGAGUUGCUUCUGGAAGUGGGAUAGGUCCAAUGGAAGCAGGAACUAAUCAGUAUAGUGCUGAAUUUCUCGAUGACAGUUGUCCUUCGUCAUGGGCAGAUGAUUCUCUAAUGGUUAUCCUCGAAAAGGAUCGACAGCUGGUUGAAAGUGGUCUAAAAGUUUCACUUUUACCUGCGAAGUAUACAGCGAAUAAGAUUGCAAAUGAAUUUGCGAAAUAUGUGCGACAAGUAAAUAAAGCAAACAGGCAUAAUUUUAGUGGAGAAAAAGGUGCGAGGUGGAAGCUGUUUAUGAAGGCAUUUGACGAGUGCAUCCAGGCAUUCCAGGACUUUUUUGAUAUUGUUAUCGAGAGUCGAAUCUUAAGCGAUACCGAGAGGACAAGACAUGAAGAGUUAGUUAGCAGUGGGAUUGUCACCUCCUUCGAAAUUUCUGAUAUUUUUGAAGAGGCUAAAGGAGGUUUACGCCCGUCCCAGUAUUACGGAUUUAUUCACGUGGUUCGGUUGCUUGUUGGCUUUGAGAAAAUUUUAGUGUGUUGGACCGCACCAGGCGUUACAGUGCAAGUAUUCGAAUUUUUCGUAAAAAAGUUCCUGAAAUGGCUUGCUGAAAAUGUCGACAAGUAUUUUAGUUUUACAACUGAUUAUCAAGAAGUUUCCAAGGAAAACUAUGCGCUUGUCGAAUACGCCUUGCUUAGUAUGGAGUACACUGAAUUUGCUUUGGGUCUUCUGGCAAACAGUAAAGAGCUUUAA